AUGGCUUCUGUAAGGACUGACAGUGGCUUUUUUGUGAUCUUCUGUCUACUUUCUACUCUCAGCACGGCAGAUCUUUCAGGCAGCUUUGAAAUGGAAAUGUACACCAUCCCUAAAAUCUUGGCAACGUGUGGACAAAACCUGACUUUGGAAUGCGACAUAGCUGCAGAAAAGGACAUAGAGAUAAAAACGUUUUUCUGGAUGGAGAAGCAAGAAAUUUGCUUCUAUGAGACGGAAAACCAGACUGGCCCUGAUUUUGAAUGUAGAGGACUGAGCUAUACAAAAAACUCUGAGAGAUACUACAACUACUCCCUAACAAUAUUCAACGUGCAGCCAAAACACAAGGGGACCUAUCACUGCAAACUGCGCUCUAAACAAGGGGUGCUGAAUGGCAAGACGAUAGUUCGAGUGCAAAAGUGUGUCGGUAACACAAGCACGGAUGUGACUCCCACCGAGGGCUCAUGCUCGUUCAAGGACGUCUUCCCUGAGCCUGUGGUCUUCUGGAACCAGGGACUUGAAAACCUCACCCACCUGGCAGAGACCAAGGUGAUGCAGUCUGCCGAAGGACUGUUUUCUGUCGUUAGCAAAAUCGAGCUGAAGAAGGACCCAUCCAACCCUGACCAUUACAACUGCUCCCUCUGGAUGCCCCUGGAAAACGACAAGAAUGAGACGCAAGUUCAGUUUGUGAGGGCCAUGAGCUUCUCAGACGCACAUAAGCUCUGCGGACACUUGUGUGGCGUGAUGCUGCCGUUGCUCUCACUGGUGUUUCUGGCCUAA